AUGUCGGCCGCAGAAGUAGCCCAUUUGUUGGAGAACACGAUUCUCAGUGUCGAUCAGGGGUUGCGAGUGGCCAGUGAAACCCAGUUGAAGAAAUUGUCGAAUGAGAACUUUCUUCAGUUUGCGGGACUGCUAUCCAGUGUGGUUGUUGAUAGUGGGGCCAAAUUGGAAGCUAGAAUUUUGGCUGCAUUAUCUUUGAAGAAUGAGCUUGUGUCGAAGGAUUCUGUAAAAAGCCAGCAGUAUGCGCAAAGAUGGGUCGCGACAAUAGAUCCAGCUUCCAAGGAACAGAUUAAGGUCAAUGCUAUAAAUGGGCUUAUGGAAAGCAGUGAGCCGCGUGUGGCGAACGCUUCUGCCCAAUUGAUUGCAGCCAUCGCUAAUAUAGAAUUGCCAAGAGGGGAAUGGCUAGACUUGAUGAAGACUAUGGUCGAUAAUACAAGUCCCUCGCAACCGGAAAAUGUCAAGAGAGCUUCGCUGCUGGCGUUGGGGUACAUUUGCGAGAGUGCAGACCCUCAAAGUCAGGUCCUAGUGUCGUCGUCUAAUAAUAUACUGAUCGCUAUCGUACAGGGCGCACAAUCCUCUGAGCCUUCUACCGAUGUGAGACUAGCUGCAUUGAACGCUUUGGCUGAUUCUUUGGUUUUUAUCAAGAAUAAUAUGGAGAGAGAAGGUGAGAGGAACUACUUGAUGCAAGUUGUGUGUGAAGCUACCCAGGCACAGGAUUCUGAUAUCCAAACGGCGGCUUUCGGUUGUCUGUGUAAGAUCAUGUCACUUUACUAUCCUUACAUGAAACCAUACAUGGAACAGGCAUUGUAUGCACUUACGAUCGCCACUAUGAAGUCUACAGAUGAUAAAGUUUCUUCCAUGGCAGUUGAAUUCUGGUCAACUAUUUGUGAAGAAGAGAUCGACAUCGCUUAUGAGUUGACGCAGUUCCCACAAUCUCCUCUACAGAGUUAUAAUUUCGCGCUUGCUUCGCUGAAGGAAGUCGUACCCGAAUUGUUGAACCUAUUGACGAGACAAAACGAAGACCUCGAGGAUGAUGAUUGGAACGUUUCGAUGUCUGCCGGUGCAUGUUUGCAAUUGUUUGCGCAAAACUGUGGUAACCAUAUCCUAGAGCCCGUAUUGCAGUUUGUUGAACAGAAUAUCACGAGUGAAAACUGGAGAAAUCGUGAAGCUUCGGUGAUGGCCUUUGGCUCUAUCAUGGACGGUCCAGACAGAACUCAACGUACUUACUACAUUCACCAGGCUCUACCUGCGAUUCUAAACUUGAUGAACGAUUCAUCGGUUCACGUAAAGGAAACCGCCGCUUGGUGUAUUGGUAGAGUCGCUGAUCUCGUGGUCGACUCUAUUGAUCCUCAACAACACUUACCUGGUGUCGUACAGGCUUGCUUAAUCGGUCUUCAGGAUCACCCCAAAGUUGCCACAAACUGUGCCUGGACAAUCAUCAAUUUGGUCGAGCAGUUGGCCGAAGCUAAACCAUCGCCAAUUUACACAUACUACCCACCUAUCGUCGACGUGUUGAUCAAAGCGGCAAAUAGACCUGAUAAUGAAUUCAACGCUCGUGCAUCAGCAUUCUCUGCGUUGACUACGAUGGUCGAAUACGCCACUGACGCUGUGGCGGAGAUCUCCGCUUCAAUCUCGACUUUUGUCAUGGAUAAAUUGGGUCAAACGAUGAGCAUCGAUGAGACACAACUUAAUAUGGAAGACAAACAAAGUUUGCAAGAACUGCAGGCAAACGUCCUCACGGUUCUUGCCGCUGUCAUUAGAAAAUCUCCAACAAGUGUUGCUUCGGUGUCUGAUAUGCUAAUGGAUCUUUUCUUCAAGAUACUGGAUAAGAAGGAUUCUUCCUACAUUGAGGACGACGUUUUUUACGCCAUUUCUGCAUUGGCUUCAUCACUGGGAAAAGAUUUCGAAAAAUAUCUGGAAACUUUCUCACCUUAUCUGGUGAAGGCUCUAAACCAAGUGGACUCUCCAGUUUCUAUAACAGCCGUUGGUUUUAUCGCAGAUAUCUCGAAUUCUCUUGAAGAAGAUUUCAACAAGUAUGCCACUGCCUUCAUGAACGUCUUGGGGCAAAUGAUCUCUACUGAGAAUUCGAUGAGAGAAUUGAAGCCAGCUGUUUUAAGUGUUUUUGGCGAUAUCGCUUCCAACAUCGGUCCUAAUUUCACUCCGUACUUGAACGAAGUGAUGGCUCUAUGUGUCGCUGCUCAAAAUACAAAACCAGAGAACGGUACUCUGGAAGCUUUAGAUUACCAUAUCAAGGUGCUUGAGUCUGUUCUCGAUGCUUACGUCGGUGCCGUCGCAGGUCUUCAUGCCAAUCCAGAAGCACUCUUCCCAUACGUUGGUACCAUCUUCCAAUUCAUCUCUCUAAUCAGUGAAGAUCCACAAUUGUAUGGCGAAGAUUCCACCGCAAGAUCCGCCGUAGGUCUUAUCGGUGACAUCUCCGCUAUGUACCCUGAUGGCUCUAUCAAACAAUUUUACGCUCAAGAAUGGAUCACCGAGUUAAUCAAGAAGACAAGAAGCAACAUGUCUUUCAGUCAAUCCACUAAAGACACUGCAAGAUGGGCAAGGGAACAACAGAAACAUCAAUUGGCCUUGUGA